GAAAUACUCAGAUAAUAACAAUUAUUGAAAGUCAAUAUGGGCCGGAAAAUUAUAUACAUUGUUAUUUUUUUACUGCACAAUUUUAUUCUUGGAACGAAGGGCAAUGUUAGAUUAGCAGUAGAAGUAGGUAUAGAUGAUGGAAGUUACAGAAUUAAAGUUGAUAAAGACGUUUGGCUUGUGGGAGCAUCACCAUUCUUCUAUAUAGACGGAAUACGAUAUACUAUGGACGAAGGAAACCUCGAGUUUCAGAAUGUAACUCAAUCAUUUGGAUCAGGACCUGGCUUGCUAGGAAAUUAUUCUGCAUAUGAUAUUCAUUAUAAAGCUAAUGAAACUAAUAUCAUAGCCACUGUUAAAUCUUAUGCAUCUCCCAAUUUAUUGUUUCAAGUGCAAUAUGUUGAUGGUGGAAAUAAUACUACGGGUUACAAUGAGUGGGAAACUAUAUGUGGUUUUCCAGGAUUUGAGAUGGAUUCUGACUUACUGUCUCUAGGAUAUUUAACCUUCAGUAAUCGAAAUAUCGAUACAGUUGUUUCUGGAAGAUGGAACAAGACGGCAUUUAUACCAGAUAGUCUAGAAGGUUCAGGACCAGUUGCUUUAUUUGAUCAUACUGGUCGUACAAUAGUCAUCUCCCAGGCUGAUAAUUUUAUGGCUGCUUCAACUUGGCGUGAUAAGACCAAUAACAGAUUAUAUUGGGGUAUUAUGGGCGGAGUGGACCAGAUACCUGUUAAUUUUACAUACCAAACAACACUUAGUUUCGAUAUUUCGAUACGUAAGGGCUUAUGUAUGUGGGGAUUUUUUUUAAGUAGUUUUAUAUACUAUACAACUACAGCAUUUACACCACGAUAUAGACAUGCUGAUAUAUCUAGACAAUAUAUUGGUUAUUGGACAUCACCAGGAUCAGCAUAUUAUGAUUCACCUGGAACUGGUAACACAUACGAACAAAUUAUUCACGACGUUAUUUUAGAAUCUCAACAGAAUGGCUUUAAAUACAGAUAUGUUCAGUUGGAUAAUUGGUGGUAUGUCAAAUCUACUGAUGGUAAAAUAAAGGAGUGGAGUCCAUCACCAACAGAACUACCACAUGGUUUACAAGCACUACAGAAUUCCUCUGGUGUUCAGUUUUUGGCUUAUGCUGGAAUGUGGGCAGCUGACAAUGUUUAUGUCAAUGGUAGUGAUUCUGAUUUUAUAGUAGAGAACAAUAUUGCUCUUCCUAUUAGUCAAGCAUUUUGGGAUAAAAUUUUCAAGACAGCAAGAUCAUGGGGUAUAAAAACUUAUGAACAAGACAAAUUGAGUGACACUUUUUUAUCCAUGAAUUCUACUAAAACUGAUUUACAUCUAGCUAACGAUUGGUUGAGUCGUAUGUCGUCAGCAGCCUACAGAAAUAAUAUAACUAUUUUGUAUAAUGAUGCUUGUCCUCGUCAUAUCUUACAAACCUUGGUAACUCCAGCAGUUACACAGAUCAGUGUGAAUGAUGAUUCAGGACAAUGGUCGCUUGGAGUAAAAGCUUUAUUUGUUUCUUCUCUUCCUAUACGGCUUGGUAAAAGUGUCUUCAGAACUAAAUCCGGUCACGGUAUUACAGUAAACCCAGCUUUAAAGGAGGUUAUUGCAAUAUUAUCCGGAGGAUCAGUUGGUGUUGGUGAUAGUGUAGGAUCUUCAGAUUAUGAUCUUCUGAAAAGAUGCUGUAACAAUGAAGGAAAAAUUCUAAGUCCUACUCAAGUUGCAAAAGCAGUUGAUGGCCAAAUAUUACAGGCCGCAUUUCAAGAUGGCAGUGGACCUAUCGGUGAGGUCUGGUCUGUGUUAACGUAUAUACAAACCAAGGAUAUCCAACAUAAUGCACUGAGAUAUGGUACAAUAUUUGCAUAUCAACUUCAAACAGAAUUCAUAGCUUCACCAACAUCAACACAGUUAAAUAGUUAUGACAAGUUUCCAAGAAGUGUUGUUUAUUCUCUGGAUAACCCGACAUCUGUGUACAAUUUUAGUGAUACCGAUCCAUUUGUAAUACACAAGAAUGAUUGUACUAAUAAUUUCUGUUUGUUCCAUACGGCACCUACGAUAGAUGUUGGGGAUAUGGAGUGUAUUAUACUUGGUGAUACUUCUAAGUGGAUUCCAAUGUCAGAUGUAAUGGUUCGUUAUAUAAAUACAAAACAAGAUGCUAUUGUUGUCAGUGUUAGAGCAGCACCAAAAGAGACAAUAAAACUUGAUGUAUUGAUAAAUAGAGUGUUACAGACCUACCCUGUUCAGAUGGAUGAAAAUGGAGAAGGGGCUGUUAUGAUAAGUGGAAGUACUCCAUCUGUUACUUCACCAGAACCAACUAGUCAUACUCCGAGUAUUUCAUUAUCAAUUUCAGUGAUUGCAAUUAGUCUCACAAUUACAAGUUAUUUCUUACUAAUUGAAUAAAAUAAAAUUUAUUAAAAU